AUGCAUUUCCGAUCAACUUUCGUGAUUAGCGUUCUUGCUGCCACUGCCGUGGCCAAGCCUGUCUUCAUUCGAUCUGAUGCCGAUGCCGCCACCAACUACGUUGUGGAUAAGCGUUCGGACGCUGAUGCCGCCACCAACUACGUAGUUGAUAAGCGUUCGGACGCUGAUGCGGCUACCAACUACGUUGUUGAUAAGCGGUCCGACGCUGAUGCUGCUACCAACUAUGUUGUUGAUAAGCGUUCGGAUGCUGAUGCCGCGACCAACUACGUAGUGGAUAAGCGUUCGGACGCUGAUGCGGCUACCAACUACGUUGUUGACAAGCGGUCCGACGCUGACGCUGCCACUAACUAUGUUGUGGAUAAGCGCUCUGAUGCUGACGCUGCCACCAAUUAUGUUGUUGAUAAGCGCUCUGAUGCCGACGCCGCCACCAACUACGUUGUCGACUAA